ACAAAUACACCCACACUCACACACAUCCUGGGGACAUAUUUCAGGCUGUACGCCCACUUUCUCUCAUCAAACCCUUCGGUUUUUGCAGUAUGCACCAAGAGAACCUGGGGAGAGUUUACCCCGGAUGCUAAGUCUGCCUUCAUUCCGGGUCUGAAUAUUUGAGGAAUAUGCUGGUAUCAGUCUGAUACAUCAUGGAUCCUGAAGAGCUAGAACUGCAGAAUGACUACCGUUACCGUAGCUAUGCAUCUGUCAUUGAGAAAGCUCUGCGGAACUUUGAGUCUUCGAGUGAGUGGGCAGAUCUCAUCUCAUCCCUGGGGAAGCUCAACAAGGCCCUGCAGAGCAACCUCCGUUACUCUCUCUUACCCAAAAGGCUGAUCAUAGGGAAGCGUCUGGCUCAGUGUCUUCACCCAGCACUGCCCAGUGGGGUGCAUCUCAAAGCUCUUGAGACCUACGAGGUCAUCUUCAAAAUAAUUGGAACAAAAUGGCUGGCCAAAGAUCUUUUUAUCUACAGCUCCGGGUUAUUCCCACUGCUGGGCCAGUCUUCAAUGGCAGUGAAGCCUGUGCUGCUGACUCUAUAUGAGCGUUACUUUCUGCCACUGCAGAGGGCUUUGCUGCCCAGUCUUCAGGCUUUCAUAACAGGCCUUCUGCCAGGCCUUGAAGAAGGACUGGAGGUCUAUGACCGGACUGAGGCAUUACUAGUGAAGCUGUCGCUGCUGGUGGGUCAGCAGGUUUUCUAUGGCGGCCUGUGGGGCAGCAUGGUGGUCAGUGCUGCUGUGAGGCUCCCGGCUUCCAUAUUUAUAGUCACACAUUUUGACAGGACGAUGUCCCUGCAGGAGCAGAAGCACGUGAUCGGCUACAACAGCCGCCUAGUGUUAAAGGCAGUGUGUCUUUCUCUACAAGACUCAAACAUCCUGGUGCAGAGGAACAUGCUUGAAAUUCUACUCUACUUCUUCCCUUUUGCCACUUGUUUGUCUUGUUCUUCACUUAUUGUUAACGUUGUGUUGAAGAACCCAGCAGAGGCCUGCAUUGCGCUGAGUGUGGACGACCUGAUUGAUGUCGUAUCUGCCGCCACACUCACGCUGCUCCGCAGAGACAUGUCCCUCAACAGACGACUGUACGCCUGGCUCCUAGGCACAGACAUAAAAGGGGAAAUGGUGGCUCCGCACCCAACGCUCAGCACCUCCGUAGAAGAACACAUGUCCUACUACUUUAGCACCUACACCAGAGACUACCUCAUACAGGCUCUGAUUAACAUCCUCAAACAGAAGGAUAUGGAUAACAAACCUGAGAAUGUGAGUGGAUACCUCAGACCCUUCAGGAUUAUCAUCAGCCUGUUGGACAAACCAGAAAUUGGUCCUGCUGUGUUGAGUAGUGUGUUACUGGAAGUCGUGCGAGCCUUUUACCGCUACUGCCGAGGGAUGGUGGGUGAGGACGUUAUCACCAGUUCAGGGCUCUCAGGCAAUCUUCUUGCCAGUAAGAUAAAAGAGAAUAAAAAUGCAUCAGAGAUCAUAAAGACAGUGAACAUGCUGGUGAGCUCCAUGAACAGUGAAUAUCUGUGGGAGUACAUGACGCGACGCUUUUGCACUUCUCUCAGUGACAACGACGACCCACCGAUUCCUCCUCAGCAGGACCGCAGUCAUCCAGCUCCUUCUGUCCCAGAAAUGUCCAGUUUAAUUAUUUUCCUCCUGGAUGUUCUUCCUCUGGAGCUUCACAAUGACAUCCAGUCACAGUUCCUCCCUGAGAUGCUGGGCAUCAUGCUACAAACCUUGCACAGCCACCUGGACUCGAUUAGCUUGGAGGAUGUCACCCAAAGCCUGCGUGCCUGUUUUAAGGUCCUCAGUAAGAUACAAAUGCCUGUGGCAUACAUGGACAUAGAAGUAGGGCCGUACACGGAGGACAUGGAGACACAUACAUCAGAGGACGACAGCACACAGGAGGGGGAUAAAGAUGGCAGCAUGGAGCAGGUUAAUGGACACCCUGAAGAAGAAGAGCUGAAUGCACAAGGAGGAGAUGAUGCAGAGACCACAAAUGGUGCUUAUCACACAAUCAGAUCUGAAGACAGCGGCUUAGGGGUCAGCGCUUCGCCGUCAGAACAGCAGUUCCCACCAGGAAUGGGAACCAAGAGAAACGGAAUUUGCAAGGACAUUGAGGGAGUGUGGAAGCGAGGCGGCAGUGUGGACAAAAUGACUCAGUGUCUGCAGGAAAUACUGUCCUUCAUAACCACAAGAUACUUGCUGGUGGAGGUGGAAGAUGUGAGCAGACCUGAGGAAGUACUUCAGCCCAGUGUCACUCCUGCCUCUCUGGAUCAAAAGAAUCUGCUGCCAGGCAUAGGAGGACGGGAAAUUAAAGACAAGCUAACUGAACUGUUCAACCCAAACAAAAUGAAACUUCGCUCCACAUCGGACUCUGAGUGCUCAACGUUGACUGUCGAAAAAAAGAAAGAACAGAGGUAUAUGAGGUGUGUGGACUGGUCAGCUGGCUUCAUGCCACGGAGCAGGACGGAGAUCUCUGAGGACUGUCGACAGGCCUUCACAGCUACCUGCCACCUGCUGCUAGAGAGUGCUACCUUCCCUGUCUACCUAAGUGAAGAGGAGACUGUGGCCCUUCAUACAGACAUGUUUGACCAACCAGGUGUUGAAGUGGGCAGUCUACCAGUGUGGCUGAAGUCUGUGAUGACUCUGUGCUGCCUUUCAAGAGACUACAACAUCCAGCACACAACAGUGGCCUCCCUCUUGGAACUAAUCAACCAUUCCCAGUCUCUGGCUCUGGUCAUUAAAGACAAGCACAGACGUUAUCAAACCUGUGACUCCAACCCUCUGAGUGGACGGAUGCAGAUGGUCACUGUGCCCCCCAUCUUCCCUUCUGUGCUGCAGGCUAUCGAGGAGGGCACUGAUUUCUAUCAGAGGCUGUCCCAGGUUUUGUGGAGUCAGCUGGACAUGGACCGGAGAGAGCAGCACAUUUCCUGUGUGGAGCUGUUUUACAGACUUCACUGUUUGGCCCCCACAGCCUCAAUCUGUGAAGAAAUCAUCUGCCAGGCACUGUUGCACAAAGACAAGAGCGUUAGGUUAGAAGCACUGCACCGAUUUACGGUGCUAUGGCACUUGACCAGAGAGAUUCAGACCAACAGGACCAUGUCUCUCAACCGUUCUUUCGACAGGUCCCUGUGUGUGGUGGUGGACAGUUUGAGCUGCACUGAUGGGUCAAUACGAGCUGCAACUCAGUGCUGGCUGGACAGAGCUCUGUCCCUCAACGAUGUGAUCCGAAUCCUGGAACCUAUUCUGUUGAUGCUGCUUCACCCGUCCACUCAGCGCUCCUCCAUUAACGUCAUGAAGCAAAACCUCACAGCUGGGAACCUCAAGAUAUUGAGCAACAGAAGUCGUAGCUCCACAAGAACGUCUGUCAUGUCGGAGGACACCAUGGCCACAGAGGUCACCACAUUGAAUCUCACCAACAUUGUUGACCGGGAAUCACUGUGGGCAGAGUUAGAAAGUGGUCCGGAGCUGACAAAACAACAGGGUUCUUUAGUGGUGUUAAGGAGUGAGAGUAAUGAGUCUGUGGAGGAAGAGUAUAAAGAAGAGAUGGAGGAGGAAGAGGAGGAGGCUGAGAGUGAACACACCGAGUCACCUGACACAAGCGGCGCUCAGGUUUCCACAGAGAACUCCAGCUCUGGUUCUGCCUUGUAUGGCAGCUCUGAGGAAGCAGGUAUGGUCAAUGGCCUGCAGAGGGUGGAGUCUGAGCACACACAGGCCUCUGAUUCUCUGUCGAGUGAAGAAGAAGAUGAUUUGGAGCUGGAAGCCAUGGCAAGGUCUCGUCUUUUAAAACAGGAGCGUGAGAAAAGAGAGGCCAUUGACUCCUUGUUCCGUCACAUGCUUCUGCAUCCUGUGGCUGGUGGUUGGCGCUAUCUCCUCCAAGGCCUGGCACUGUUAGACAGUUUGCUGAGGAGCAGUGCAGAGUGCCCUCUGGUGGAGGCCCUUUGCUCAACCUCUCUUGAUACAAGCUCAGCUGCACAUUUAAACCUGGUCUCCAACCUUUUACAGAGACACCAACAGGCUCAAGAUGGUAAGGGCUUCUAUGGUGGCCUUCUCUCCCCCUCCUCCGUCCCCUCCGUGCCACCAUCCCUGUUAAUGGAGCUGCUGGUGUCCUUGUGCCUCCGAUUCCUGCGCUCUCAUUACCCCUCUUACCUAAGCCUUGGACCUCUUGACCUGCAGGGCAACAGGGAGGUUCAGGUAAAAAGUGUGGAAGUUCUUACUCGAAUGGUGAACCAGCUUGGAUGCAUGACACGUGGCCAGAGGGGUAAUGGUGACACUGGUCUAGAGCCCAUUCGCAGACUUCUUACCAGAUGUAAGGUGCAGCAAUAUGCCUUGCUUUCACUUUCUGCAUCUAUGUACGUUUGCCAAAGGGGGACAGACAAGGGCUCUUCCAAAAAUGUAGAACUGCUGGAUGAACAGGGAUGCCUAUCGGAGGAGAGCCUGGUGAAUCUGGGAACAGGAGCAGGGCAAGAACAGUAUCCUUUACAAAUGGAGUUACUGAAACUACUUCAGGCUCUCAUCAUCCUGGAGCACCAUGUGGGACUGUGUGGACCUAGUUCAACAGCUGCUUCAGGUGGAUCCUCCAGCCAAUCGAUGGAGCCCUGUGAAUCCCCAAUUACGAGCACCCCUCUUGCUCGUGAGUGGCAAACUGCUGUCAUUUUCCAGCAGUCCAUCAGGUCAGACCAGUACGUCCAAAGCCAUCCCAUCACAGCUCAAGGAAUGUUUGUUUCAGCUGCAGCCAUGGCUCUGCAUCCCCAGUAUGGCUAUGCCAUGCACCCCCACUGGGUGUCACUGCUGUGCUCCUCUUUGCCCUACCUGGGACGCUCAUUAGGAAUCAUCGUGGCUCCUCUCAUAAGUCAGAUCUGCAGGAACUUGGACGAACUGGUGAAGCUCUAUGACCAUGAUGGAGGAAAAACAAACCAUAGCCUUAGCACUAGGCGGGAGAAUAUUGCUCCGGACUACCCUCUGACUCUGUUAGAAGGCCUGACCACCAUAGCACACUUUUGUCUUUUAGACAGCAAGAAGUCCCUGGUUGCCUGUGAUCCCAUGGACAUCCGUAACGCACGCAGUGCUGUUAUAGAGGCUCUACCACAAAUGCUCACUAGUAUGGUGUUAAUGUGGGGCGUGGUCAUGAGGGAGGAGAUCCAGAGACGGGCGUCUGACUCCGGUCAGAGUAGCAGACACACUUCUACCUCUGUCUAUUUUAAAAGCACUAAGAUCUUACGGCUGCGUAUACUGGAGUUUCUGCUUCCUCUGACUGGCCAGUAUGGAUCUCAAAUGAUGGCUUCACUGGGAGUAGUGUGGAGCAGCAGGAAGAGCAAAAGGAGACAUAAAAAUCAGGUUCUGCCUGUGGCCAGUGAGGCUCGUCUAACGAUUGUGGACCUGGUGAAAUCACUGAACACCUUGUCGACAGAGACCGUCUUACAGCUGGUCAAAGAAGUGGUAAAGAAACCACAUCAGAUCAAAGGAGAGCAGAAGUCAGCAUUAGUGGAUAUCCCAAUGCUCCAGUUCAGCUAUGCUUACAUUCAAAGUAUUCCAGCUCAGGCUCUGCAGGACAAUGUUGCUCCGCUUCUCAGUUUGUUACGGGAGUCAGUUCAGCUGAACCUCGCCCCACCUGGGUACUUCUUACUGCUCGGAAUCCUCAACGACUUUGUUAAUAGGAUCCCUAAUCUGGAUAAUAAGAAGUACUCUAGAGACCUACAGGAAGUGACCCAGCGCAUACUAGAGGCGAUAGGUGGAAUUGCAGGAUCAUCUCUAGAGCAGACCAGUUGGCUCAGCCGCAGCCUUGAGGUCAAGGUUCAGCCACAGGUUUGUCCUGAGGCAGAGGAACCAGAGGAACCAGAGGACACAGAUGUGGAUGGUGAAAAUGGCGAUUUGGCCCAGACAAGCACCAUGGUUUCCUCCUCAGCUCCCUCAGUUUACAGCGUACAAGCCCUUGUUCUUCUGGCCGAGAUGUUGGCACCACUCUUGGACAUGGUGUACCGCAGCGAUGAGAAAGAGAAGGCUGUUCCACUCAUUUCACGUCUCCUGUACUAUGUUUUCCCAUACCUGAAGAACCACAGUGCCUACAACAUGCCCAGCUUUGAGGCUGGAGCUCAGCUGCUGAGCAGUCUGAGUGGGUACGCCUACACAAAAAGAUCCUGGAAGAAGGAAGUCUUUGAGCUUUUCAUGGACCCACUUUUCUUCACCAUGGACCCCUCGUGUGCACUCAGUUGGAAAUCCAUCAUUGAUCAUCUGUUGACUCAUGAGAAGACAAUGUUUAAAGACCUCAUGAGUAUGCAGAGUGGCUCAUUGAAACUGUUUUCCAAUGUGGACCAGAAACCAAUGCUGCUAAAACGCCAGGCAUUUGCCAUGUUCAGCGGAGAGCUGGACCAGUAUCACCUCUACCUGCCCCUCAUUCAGGAGCGUCUCAGUGAGGCUCUUAAAAUGAAUCCCAGUCCCGCUGUUUUAGCUCAGAUGUUUUUGAUGUUUCGUGUUCUCCUAAUGCGGAUUUCAUCCCAGCACCUGACGUCUCUUUGGCCAAUCAUGGUCACAGAGCUGAUUAGAAUAUUUGCACGUCUAGAGAAAGCUCUGCAGGCAGAGAAAGACGUUUCAAAACUAGCUAAAGUUGUACGUGGGGCCCUGGAACGAAAUGGACCAGUAAAUUUCUCUCAGGCGGAGUUGGACAUGUACUUCUCAGCCUGCAAGUUCCUGGACACCUCACUGACAUUUCCUCCAGAAAAGAUCCCACUAUUUCAGAUGUAUCGCUGGGCAUUUGUCCCAGAGGUGGAUGUGCAGCGCUACAGCGGACCAGAGACGGCUCUGAUGGAGGAUGAGCAAGAGUGCAUUCCUCAUGUUGUCCGAGUAUUGGAAGGGAUACAGCAACGAUAUGAUACACUGAACGGACUUUGUGAGGAGUCUUCCACAGAGCAUUUGGAGUUCCCACUUCUGACCCAACAUUCCCUGCGCUCCAUCACCCAGCUCUUACCCUUUUUUCGCACGAUUUGCUGCUCAUUUCAGGGUCCUCCAUCUAACAACCACGCUGUGACCACCUACGCUGUAGCAGACUACCCAGCUGCCAGUUCAGAUACAGUCUUGAAGAAGCUGGAACAUAUUAUUGAGGAAGAGUUCCUGGACUCAAUGGAAAAUUAAGCCAGAGUUAGGCCUUAAAAUCUAAAAAACCAUCAGACUUCCUUCAGCCAUAUGAGUUUAAAUCCUACAAAAGGCACAAACAGCUAAAGUAUAUUGUUAAAUUCAAAAGGGAAACUUUUUUCAUGUUUUUAAAAUUUCUUUUUCCAUAAUAAUUCUUUUUAGUUGGUCUCACAUUGCCAUUGUUCUAGACAUAAUUUCUCUACCAUUGUGAAUUUACUGAACCUUUAGGACUUCUCUAAUAAUGUGACAUGAUGUAAAUUUUAAAAGAAAUGGUGUUGCUCUAGUUCUGAAGGUAGUUUGAUUUCUCAACAGCAAAACAUUUAUACCUUGAUCUUCUCACAAUUUACGUGUAAAUUGCACAAUGCACGCACCUUGUACUAACACAGAUCCAGUAACAAUUUAGUUUGACACCAAAUUGCAAAUUCACUGUGUAGUGGUUUUUUGUUUUCGAUUUGUUGAACUCUUCAAUUAUCAGCACUCCUACGUUACUUUCCUUCUGUACAUGCCUGACUCAGAGAAUGUGAAAAAAUAUCUUAAGUCUCCUGUUGAAGCUGUAAUUUAUAAAUGUUUUAGGGACCUCACCUAUGUGCAAUUUUUAUCAACACGUUACAUAAUGUGAUUUGUGUUCAUCUGUAAAACUGGAGUUACUCUGGAUAACUGGUUUAGCUUUGUCAUGUUUGGUACAUGUUUGGUACAUGCACAUUAUUGUCUGGUGUUAAAGGGACUUCUCAUUUCACUUGUAUUUGAAUAAUUAUUUUUCAACCACCUGUUGUGUUUUCUUCCACAGUACCUGAUAUUUAAGUAAUUUAUUUUGGAAUAUAUAAAAGAACCAUGUUAACUAUUGACCAAGAGGAAGCUUAUUAAAAUAUAUGUGAAACUUA